CCGCUCCGCUCCGAUUCGCUUCCUCCUCUCUCGCCGUAGCGCCCCUACCGGCGGCCCCUCCUCCUCCCCUCCGCCGAGCAACCCACCAGCCAAGGCAACCCGGCACGCCGUGCUCCCCACACAGGCGCACACCUGCCCUCCUCAUCUUUUGCAGCGCCCACGCCCCGGCCCUCGAGCCGGCGAACCCGGCUGCAGCAGCACCCCGCCCAAGCACGCCGGUCACCCCGAAGGAACUCUUCCCGCGCAGCAGUCCUCCUCCUCCUCGUACGUCACCCUCUACUGCUGUUGGAUUUGCGUGGAGUUGUUGAUCCAUCCGGACUUGGGAUUGGAUUCUUGUGUUGAUGGAUGCCACAGCUCUUCAAUAUGAAAACCAAAAGUUGGUGCAGCAAUUGGAGGCACAGAAGUCUGAAAUGCAUGCAUUGGAGGGCAAGUUCAAGGAGCUGAGGGACGAGCAAUGUUCUUAUGACAAAACUCUGAUUUCUCUGAAUAAAAUGUGGAAUCAGCUGAUUGAUGAUUUGGUCCUGCUUGGGGUACGGGUUGGUGGGGAUUUGGACAAUUUACAAGUGCUUGACCAUGAAGAGUUAUCGGAAGAAUCUCUUGUGUCGUGUCCUUCUGAAGAGAUAUUUCUCUUCAGGCUCUUGAAGUCCAGCAAUCUCAAAAAUAAUAAUUACAGUAGCUUGUUGGAAUUUGUUGAAGAAGCUCUUGCUUUUCGCCGUUCAGCAACUGUUGCUCUGAUGAAGUCCCUGCAAGAGGCUAUUGCUUCACAGCAGGCGAGAAGUGAAUUGUUAUGUUUAGCUUUAAAUGGACAAAAGUCAAAUGAAGAUGUCAUUGUUGCCCUUCAAAACCACAAUGAUCACUUGAAAGAUGUGGUUGACAAUGUCAGUCAAGCUAUUUCUAUUAUCAAUGAGAAGCACAAAAGGUAUCUAGAUGAAAUUGAGGCCUUCAAAAGCAACCAUUCAAGGGAGCUACAGGAAAUUAUGCGCCUUUCAGGUGAGUUAGAGGAAAGCAUAGCAGAGCUGGAGGAAAGUCAACGAAAGUUGGUUGUGCUCCAGUUGCAGAGGCAUGGUUCAGUUAUGGAUGCAUCUGCUGCAAUUGUUGUGAAUGGUGAUGUUUCUACUGAUAAAUCUUCAGACAAAAGUAUGAGCUGGCAAGACCUUAAAGAUUCUGUUGAGGAGGCUAAGAUCCUCGCAGGAAACCGUCUAUUUGAACUCCAUGAGACUCAAGAGGAUAAUUUAAUACUAUCCAAGGAGCUGGGAGAUCUUGAGGGGCAAUUGAAAGAUGAGAACUAUGUUUUCGUAUCAAAACCAUACACAAUUCUUAAUGAUCAAUUACAGCAUCUGAGUACUGAGAUAGAGCGCUAUAGGGGGUUAGUUGAAGUAUUACAGAAUGACAAGGACCAGCUCGUGCACAAGGAGAAAGAAAUUUGUGCAAAAGCUGAAUCAGUUGACAAUAUUAAACAAACCAUUACCACUUAUGAGACCAAAAUUGAAGAACUGGAACAUCAAAUUCAGAUAUUCAUGGCUGAAAAGAAUGAUCUUGAGAUCAAGGUCGAGGAAACCUUGCAAGAUUCAGGUAAAAAAGACUUCAAGGAUGAGAUUCAUGUUAUGGCUGCAGCACUCUCCAAAGAGAUGGAAAUGAUGGAGAAUCAGUUGAGUAGAUCAAAGGAUGCGGCUUCUGAAGCACUUGCAUUACGUGAGGAAGCCAAUUCUUUAAGAUCCUUGUUAUCUAAGAAGAUUGAUGAACAACAGGAGAUAUCUGAUAAAUACAACUCACAAGUCAAUGAUAUCAAGUCCCUCAAAGCAUUGGUUGAGGAGUUGGAGCAGGAAAAGCAGGAGUUGCAAUAUAUUGCAGAUAUGUACGCGAAAGAAUGUUCUGAGUCAAGUACAAUUACAGAUAUUGAAGAAUCAGAAAACCAGGCUCGCAGCCAGGCUGAAUAUUUGAGGACUAGUUUAUAUGAGCACAGUCUCGAGCUUCGAGUAAAAGCAGCAAAUGAAACUGAAGCUGCAUGCCAGCAAAGGCUUUCAAUUGCUGAAGCAGAACUGGAAGAGUUAAGGGCUAAAGUAGAUGCAUCUGAAAGAGAUGUUCUGGAACUCAAGGAGGCAAUAAGAAUUAAAGAGGCCGAAGGAGAUGCCUACAUUUCUGAAAUCGAGACAAUUGGUCAAGCAUAUGAAGACAUGCAAACGCAAAAUCAGCAUCUUCUUCAACAGCUUACUGAUAGAGAUGACUUUAACAUAAAGCUGGUAUCAGAUAGUGUGAAGAUGAAACAGGCUUCUAUUUCCCUCCUCUCUGAAAAGCUCAUGCUACAGAAGCAACUCCAGCAAAUUAACACUUCUACGGAGUCAUCUAAACUGAAAAUUGCCUGUGGUGAGGAGCAGAUGAAGACUUGCGUAGCACAAGCUAUAAAAACUUCAGCGGAUAACAGGCAUCUUACAAUUAUCCUGGAAAGGACUGCGCUGGAGGUAUCCAACACAGAGAAGGAGCUCAAGUGGCUUCGGUCCUCUGUUGGAUCCUCCGAGAAAGAAUAUGAGCAAACUCAGCAAAAGAUAGCUGAGCUGAGAAAGCUGCUAGAGUAUGAGAGAAGCGAGAGGAGGAAGCUUGAGGAACAAUAUGAAGAAGUAGAAAAGGAAGUCAUGGAUCUUACCUCUGAGACUGAAGAGGCUACUAUCCAGAAGCUCCAGGAUGAAAUAAAAGAAUGCAAGGCUAUUCUCAAGUGUGGUGUCUGCUUUGAUCGGCCUAAAGAGGUUGUGAUUACCAAAUGUUUCCACCUCUUCUGCUCGCCAUGUAUCCAGAGGAACCUUGAGAUUCGCCACCGGAAAUGUCCAGGUUGUGGCACCCCAUUUGGACAAAAUGACGUGCGGGAGGUGAAGAUAUGAAACCUCUCCAAAGUGGGAAAACCUAGUGUUUGAAUGGCGUUGACCUGCAUGUCCUUCCCCCUUGUGAAUAUCAUGUUCUAUUGGUGAACAUUUAGAUCUAACUCACGUUUUGUGUCAUAUAUAGAUACUUCUUUGCAAAAAAAAAAAAAAAAAAAAAAAAAACCAAAAGUACGAAGAACUAGAAUUUUUUUUGGAAGAAAUGAAAUUCCUGCACUUAAUUGCAACCGUGUAUGCUUUGUAUGAAUCCCACUGGGUAAUAAUUUCUUUGGUCUUGAUGUUCUGCAUCCAGCAAGUGCUA